GUAUAUAACUUGUUUUGAGUAUUAAACUAUUGUUUGACAGGGCCAGAAAUUAUCUUGCUUUAUAUACUAACAUUCAGACUUCAAUUUAGAAUUCAAUCAAACAACCGAGCGGUUAGAUCUCUUAGCUAUAAACAGAUCAGAAUUGUUAUGGAUAGUUUAGUACAAACCAAUUUUUAUGAUGAACCCGAUCUAUAUUUUUACAACCUUCAAAGACAGGCGCCAAAACCGGUGCCUGUUUUGAACGAUUUCCAUAGUUUUAACUUAACCGCUCACAUUCCUGACCAUUAUGGACUUGUUUUUCACGGCGUGUUAAAUAGGGUUGAGGCAGACAACUUAGUCCGAAAAUUCGGCCAAGGCGCUUACUUAGUCCGUGAGAGCAAUAGACAACGCGGUCAGUAUACUUUGGUGCUUUUCUUCGACGGAGAAGUUAAAAAUUUUCGGCUUUAUUAUGACGGAAAACAUCACUACUUAGCGGAUAAACUUUACAAUUCUUUAGAAGACUUGGUCAAAGAUGGAUUGAUUUGUUUUUAUUGCGAAAAGUAUGGAAAACGUGAAAUCGAAAAAAUGACGAUGCGAAAAAAUAACUCCACUAAAAGCGAAUUGUUAUUUGCUGGCAAAGUUGAGCUCGACGAUGCAUCUGAAACGCGACUAUCUAAAAGCAACUCAAAUACGCCUCGCAAGUCGGAAAUUUCCUCCGAGGCGAAACCUGUAAUAGUUCGAAGGAGUGCAAUGGAUUUGCGGGGAGACUUGGACGGAAUUUUCCAGGCUGUUGAGCCAAUCAAGAGCAAGCACGGUUUCAAGGUCACUACUUUCUUCGGUCCUCACUGGUGUGCUGUGUGUAAUAACUACAUGUGGGGAUUAGUUUCUCAGGGUGUGAAGUGUUCCAAGUGUGGUAUGUCCAUACACAAGAUAUGUGUGGACCAAGUGGGUCACUACUGUCGCCCAGAGAGGAGUCUCAUUAAGGCCAUAGUUGGCUGUGACCUCACAGUGCUCUGCAUGGCUUUUAAAACUCACGUGUGCUUCGUUAUCACAAUUUGCAUCAAAGAAAUCGAACUCAGGGAAGGUGAUCAAAUUCAGGGAAUUUAUCGAAUCGGAGGGGGAAGUUCUGACGUCAUGAAGAUCACAGAGGAAUUCGAGCGGAAUCAAGACAAAGCCAAAAUAGACAGUGUGCAGUACCCAGACAUACACACCUUGACCAAUUUCCUCAAAAAAUACUUACGAGCCUUGCCGAUUCCGAUCAUCGGCUUUGAACAGUACGAAGAAAUGGUCACUACAUUCAGAGAUUUGAAGCACUUAACGGUCGAAGAAAAGGUUGAACGUUUGGUGACUGCAGUUCAAAAACUGAAUGUUUAUCAUUUGGCCAAUUUGGAGACAAUUAUACGACAUCUGUACAAAGUAUCGAGACAGUCACAUGCCAACAAAAUGACAAGUUUCAAUCUGGGUACUAUUUUCGGACAAUGUCUCUUUCGACCAGAAAAUGAUGAUCUGAAAAACCCAAUGAAGUCGCCAAAUUCACUCAUCGAUAUGCCAUAUCAAAACGAAUGUGUCAGUUUCUUGAUAGAGCACUGCAAAUCCGUUUUCCACUAGAAUAGUAAUAUUAAUUUAUUUUCUAUUUUUUCAUUU